AUCCCACUGAACCUAAAACCAAAAACACUCUGCCACACCAACCAAAGAUCAAAACACCCCAACCUACUUCAACCACUGUUCUACCGAAUUUAGAUUUAAGAUUCAAUUACCCCUAAAUCAAUCAAACAAGCAACAGAAAUGGACUCCGAUUACGGCAUUCCCAGAGAGCUCUCCCAUCUCCAGAAACUCCGAUCUCUGUAUCAGCCACAGCUCCCUCCUUGCCUCGAGGGAACUGCUGUGAGGGUUGAGUUUGGUGAUACCACUACAUCUCUAGACCCAACCGAUGCUCAAACCAUUGCCCGUGCUUUUCCACACACUUUUGGCAAGCCUUUGGCUCACUUCUUUAGGCCGACUGCCAAAGUACCUGCUCCUCAGAUUAUAACUGAGCAUCCGGCUAUUAGGGUUGGACUUGUCUUUUGUGGGAGACAAUCCCCUGGUGGGCAUAAUGUCAUAUGGGGCCUGCACAAAGCUCUCAAAAUUCAUAACCCCAAUAGCACUUUGCUGGGCUUUUUGGGUGGCACUCAAGGUUUAUUUGCGCAAAAAACUCUAGAGAUCAAUGAUGAUAUUCUUUCGACCUACAAAAAUCAAGGUGGUUAUGAUCUGUUGGGACGGACUCAAGAUCAAAUUAGAACAACUGAGCAAGUUCAGGCUGCGUUAACUGCCUGCAAUGAUUUGAAGUUGGACGGCCUUGUAAUUAUUGGAGGUGUAACAUCAAACACAGAUGCUGUCCAACUUGCUGAAACAUUUGGUGAAGCCAAAUGUCCAACAAAGGUGGUUGGUGUUCCUGUUACACUGAAUGGAGACCUUAAGAAUCAAUUUGUUGAAGCUAAUGUUGGUUUUGAUACAAUAUGCAAGGUCAAUUCCCAACUUAUCAGUAACGUCUGCACUGAUGCUCUCUCUGCUGAGAAGUAUUAUUAUUUUAUCCGUCUUAUGGGAAGGAAGGCAUCACAUGUUGCCUUGGAAUGCACCCUCCAGUCUCAUCCAAAUAUGGUAAUUCUUGGUGAAGAGGUGGCUGCAUCAAAACUUACACUUUUUGACAUAACAAAGCAAAUUUGUGAUGCAAUUCAAGCUAGGGCUGAGCAAGACAAGAACCAUGGGGUCAUCCUUCUGCCUGAAGGGCUUAUAGAGACCAUUCCUGAAGUGUAUGCAUUAUUGAAGGAAAUUCACAGUUUGCUCAGGCAAAACGUAUCUGCUGACACUAUUUCUUCCCAACUGUCACCUUGGGCAUAUGCUUUGUUUGAAUUUUUACCACCUUUUAUAAGGAAACAGCUUCUCCUCCGUCCUGAAUCAGAUGAUUCUGCUCAGUUGUCACAGAUUGAGACAGAGAAACUACUGGCGCAUCUUGUAGAGGAUGAAAUAAAUAAGCGCCUGAAAGCAGGUACUUACAAGGGUAAAAAAUUUAAUGCUAUCUGCCACUUCUUUGGCUAUCAGGCUCGUGGAUCCUUGCCAUCAAAGUUUGACUGUGAUUACGCCUACGUUCUUGGACAUGUCUGUUACCAUAUACUUGCAGCUGGUUUAAAUGGUUACAUGGCAACUAUAACUAACCUAAAGAAUCCAGUAAACAAGUGGCGCUGUGGUGCUGCGCCUAUUACAGCAAUGAUGACUGUGAAGCGCUGGUCCCAAAAUACCAAUUCUUUGGCAAUUGGAAAACCGGCUAUUCAUCCAGCUACUGUGGAUUUGAAAGGCAAAGCAUACGAGCUGCUGAGACAAAAUGCAACAAGGUUUUUGCUGGAUGAUAUCUACAGGAAUCCAGGACCCCUUCAGUUUGAUGGACCAGGGGCUGAUGCUAAGGUGGUAACGCUAUGCGUUGAAGACCAGGAUUACAUGGGCCGUAUCAAGAAACUACAGGAGUAUCUUGACAAGGUCCGUACCAUAGUGAAACCAGGGUGUUCUCAGGAUGUUCUGAAAGCGGCUUUGAGUGUAAUGGCAUCUGUGACAGAGGUUCUCUCCGUGAUGUCUUCAUCUUCAUCCGGCGCUCAAACCCUGUGAUCCAACAAACCAGUCAUCGUUUUUUUCUUCUUUUUCUCUUAAUUAUCCUCAACCAUCUUUUUUUUUUGUGAGAAACUGAUUUGGAGUACCCCCCCCUGAUUUCUUGUUUUCGGGAUGGAAGAUAUUGUCCUUUUUUUUAUUAAAAAAGAGAAUAUAUUAAUAAUCAUAGUUAGUGUC